ACGACGCACGACCACCGGUGGCGUUUCCUCUCACGGGGCGGCUGAUGCGCGCGCGAGCGUUAUUGAGGCGCAUUUUUGUUGCAUUUCUCAUAUCCACCGCAACACGUAUACAGUAUAUACACGCAUGUAUAUAUUCUAUACCUAUACAGUUUUCCAAGAAUUACAGGGCACAGGGCUCCCUCAGUCGAUAAAAUUUUCGCUGCCUGGUGGUUCGAUUAGCAUAAGUAUAUAUAGUUUUAUUUGUACACACACGCACGAAUUCGCGCACGGUAUGAGAUCCAGGCAAAUCAGUGACAGUGGUUCGCGGAGCACGAGUUUCUUCACCCUCGAGAUUAUUUUUUCCGACCAGAGGCGCCUACCAGUACUGGAACGUUGAGAAUUCCUCGCGCGCCGUCACUACGCGAUAUCCGCUUUUUUUUACGCGAACCUCGAUCCCGUUCAUUCAAUUUACUUCUAAGUUUUUUCAUGCAGUUGACGAGCAAAGUGCGUAAGAUGCUCGUUCGCGAGAGCUCCAGUAAGGAACACAGAGGGGUAGUUUUUUCAUGCCUAUCGAAUGAAUGGAGCCAGUGUCUGGGGCGAAAAAUGUAAUCAACAGCUAUCGUCGUUGAGAUAAGACUGAACAAAAGAUCCUACUUGUUCUCGGAAAUGUUUAUACAAAGAUAUUAAAUUAAGGAAAAACCCAUGAUACAGAGUACAACUAUCGCACUAUGAUGCUUUGGAAUGUUUUUUUGAUAACAAUCUCUUUUUACGUUGCCACUGGAACAUCCCCAUAUCAAGCAGGUGGUUACUGUGCGCCAUACAAUGGAAAAAUUUGUAAAAAGUAUCUUACUGGUGCUGGGACAGUUUGGUUCAAUGACUCUGUUGAUAAUCCUAGCGGAUGGCUGAACGAAAAAAUAACAACGGAUCUGUGGGAUGAACUGAUACAAAAGUUGACUGAGCCAUGCCGAUCAGCAGCAGAGAAAAUGUUAUGCUUUUAUGCAUUUCCACAAUGCCAUGGAGGUGCUAGCUUACCACUGUGUUACGAAGACUGUAUGGCCAUUAAACUGCAGCUUUGUUUUAAUUAUUGGGCUCUAAUUGAAGACAAUAAAGUUAGAGAUAUUCAUAUAAGAUCCAGAGGUCACUUUAGACUACCAGAAUGUGAGAAACUACCAAAGAUUUCCAAGGAAAAAACUACGUGUUCUCAUGUUGGAUUAACAGUUGUGGAUCAAAAUCUUGUAACAUACGACUGUUACAAGGACAGAGGGCGUUUCUACAUGGGUACAGUGAACAGAACAAAAAGUGGUCGAGCAUGUCAGAUGUGGAAAGAUCAAAAGCCACAUAGUCAUGAUCGUCCACCAGAUUUCUUUCCACAGAUUCGGUAUGGAGAAAAUUAUUGCAGAAAUGCUGGAGGUGAUGAAAAAAUGCCAUGGUGUUUCACUAUGGACCCUAAUACAAGAUGGGAACUUUGUGAUGUUCCUCUGUGUGAAAAUUCAACGGCAAUAACUGUUGAAGAUAAUCCUAGUGAUUUGACUAUGGAGGAUUUUACAACAACAACUUUGAUACUUAUUAUAUCAGCUUUAGGAUUUAUAAUUGUCGUUAUUUCUAUAUUAAUAAUACUUAUAAGCCAAAGAUUUUAUAAACGCCAUCAUGGUUAUGACCCAACUGACUGUCAGGAAGUGAACAUCGACCUAAACAAACUACCAGACAACGACGCAUAUCACAAGACCGGUAUUCAACUGAAUCCAAAAUUAGAGAAACUGGAGUUUCCAAGAAAUAACAUUAUAUACGUGAGAGAUCUAGGCCAGGGAGCCUUUGGCAGAGUUUUCCAAGCGAAGGCGCCAGGAUUAGUGCCCAACGAAGAGUUUACUAACGUGGCUGUAAAAAUGCUAAAAGAAGAGGCCUCUGACGAUCUACUCGUAGAUUUUGAACGAGAGGCUUGCCUCCUCUCGGAAUUCGACCACCCGAACAUCGUCAAACUUUUAGGCGUUUGCGCUCUGGGACGUCCCAUGUGUCUCCUGUUCGAGUACAUGGGUCGGGGAGACUUGAACGAAUUCCUACGCUCGUGCUCUCCGGGCAACUACAUAAUACGUAAUGUUGAGAAGGAUGAUACCUUUACGGACUCGCGACUGUCGCACAUGGAUCUCAUAAACAUCGCGCGACAGAUCGCCUCAGGCAUGGUGUACUUAUCGGACAGAAAGUUCGUUCAUCGAGACUUGGCAACGAGAAACUGUCUGAUCAACGACGAUAUGGUAGUGAAGAUAGCGGACUUUGGACUCUCGCAGAAGAUCUACCUUCAAGACUACUACAAAGGGGACGACCAGGACGCUAUUCCCGUGAGAUGGAUGCCACUGGAGAGUAUUUUAUACAACAAAUACACAGUGGAGUCAGAUGUCUGGGCUUUUGCUGUAUGCUUAUGGGAAAUAUUUAGCUUCGCGCUUCAGCCCUACUAUGGUAUGACGCACGAGGAAGUCGUUAAAUACAUCAAAGAGGGUAACGUUCUGCAGUGUCCGGAAAACACUCCUCAAUCUGUCUAUGAUUUAAUGAAACUUUGCUGGAAUAGAAAGUCCUCAGACAGGCCUACUUUUAAAUUCAUCUAUGAAACACUUAACAAUAUCAAAUGUGAAUUAAAGGCUGAAAACAAGUCGAAUAGUGUACCUCUACGUAUACACCUGUAAAUGUAAUUUAGUUUCUUUUUGUAAAAAAUGUCUGAUAUAUUGUCUAUUCACUGCAAGGAUAUAAAAAAAAAAAUCAUUUAUAUUCUCUUCUCGUAUUCGACGUGUACGAGUCUAUAAAACUUUUAUACAAUUUUUAUACGAUGCAUACAAAUGAUGUUGUGAAAUCCUAUAGAUUUCUUUGAGAUACUGUUACCAAUACACAGAUAAAAUUAGUACAACUCUAAAAAUCUAAAAAAAAUUCUUACAAAAGCGUUUCAUAUCUGCGUUUUGACGUAUCUAAUUACGAUACUAAGUUUUUAACUAUACUUAUAUUUUAGAAUUGCUUUUUAAGCUAUCAAAUUUUUUAAAGUUCGUUAAGUCUAACAGUUAUCUGCUACUACUUGUUAAAAUUCAAUUAAGUUUGGAAUUUUUUUUUAAGAACUGGAGUUUUAUGAAUUCAUUUUUUUCCUAUGAUACUAUUAUAAUAUUAUUACUUGAACAAUUAUAUAAAUUUUGAUGUGGAAUGCUUUUGUUCGCAAAAACUAAAUGUCCUAUGUCAAUUUCUUAUGACUGAAGUUUUGUUGUUGAACAAUAUACGCUCAACAAUAAUAAAUGUAUUAUUUAUAAUUUCGAUCAAUUUAUGUAUAAUUUUUGUCGAAUAAUUUAAUUUAAUUUAUUUUAGUUAAAUUAGCAGAGGUAGAUUUUUGUCAAAGAAACUACUUGAUACCAUUUAUAGAAAAAAAUAAUUCCAGUGUUCCAUUCCCUUUAUUAUGUAUAUGUGACUAUCGUAAUUGAAAAAUGCGAUAUGACUGAUGGAAAAUAAAGUGUUGUUUUUAAUAA